UGCCAAUUCAUCUCGAUGUACAGUAUUCUGUCCGUACUUUACUUCAUCCUAAUUACAGUGUAUAUUCUGGCAUGACCUCCACGGACGCCUCGAACAGGUUUGUGACCGCGAUUGAGGACCUGAGAGCCACUCUCAAUUCACAUGAUGCCACAGCCUUCGCAACCACCAAGUCAGAGGACGUUUGGAAAGCUGCUGAAGACAUCCAGGAAGCUCAACGUCAGAGAAAGUCCCUUCGAAAUAUGAGACGCAUUGAGCCCUUCCUAAAGGCGCUGGGAGGGUACUCGAAAGUUAUCGAGGUGGCUUGCAAUGGUACACCGUAUCUUCCAUGGGUCUGGGCUCCAAUUAAGUUGGUGCUUCAGCUCGCUGCCGAACAUACCAAUGCUUUCGAUACGCUGAUUGAUGCUUACAAGCAAAUAGCCCAAGCCAUGCCGCAAUUCGUCGAUUUACACAAGGCCUUUGGCAACGAUGAGAAUUUUCAAGUCGUCCUUAGUCUAGUCUACAAAGACAUCCUCGAAUUUCACCGUGCUGCGUACAGAUUCUUCCGGCGACGGGCUUGGCACAUUUUCUUUGGUUCCUUAUGGAAAGGAUUUCAAUUUCGUUUCAAUGGCAUUUUGAAGAACUUGGCUCAACACCAAAAGCUCCUGAGGCAGCAGGUUCAAGUCAUCGAUCUAGUGGAAGCGAAAGAAUGGAGGACAAGAAAUGAAGAAGACAUCGCACGACAAGAGAAAUUGACAAGAGACUACUGGUAUCACGAUUCCAUAUCGUGGCUCAAAGUGGCUGGCAUUCGUGAAGAUGAUCUUACUGCGCUUGGAGAGAAACGACAUGAAGGCACCUGCGAGUGGGUCUUUAGGAACCCACUCUUCCAAACUUGGAAAGAUGAUGCUCAUGGAGAGCCUGUUCUUUGGGUUAAAGGUAUUCCUGGAGCUGGUAAAACAAUUUUGAGCACCUAUGUCAUACAGCAAAUGCAGGAACAAGGUGGAUUCACGACUGCAUAUCACAUUUGUAAUAGCUACACAACAGGAAAAGACCUACGAGGAGAGAUAUUACGAAGCUUCGCAGCCCAACUUCUCCAGAGCAACCGAGAUCUUGCCACUUAUGUCUUUGAGAGCUAUGCGAACAAGUGCCUGGAACCUGGGAUACCUAAGCUUAAGAAACUACUUCCGGAGCUCUUGAAGACGAUAUCUUCAGUGCGAUUCAUUAUUGAUGGCUUAGACGAGUAUCCAGAGUCUGAGCAGACAAAGAUACUGACUGAAUUGAUCCAAUUGACUAAGGAAACAAGUAGCCAGUGCAGAGUAUUGUUUUCAAACAGAGAAGGAAAACAAAUCGAUAGAGCGCUAAGCAGCAGGCCAACAAUAUCUUUGCGGGACCAGCACGAUGAAGUAAAGAGAGACAUUGACAUCUAUGUGCACUCAAGUCUAGAAGAUCUUCGAUGUACGUUUGGGAAGAGUCUCAUCGACCAGGUACAACGUCGAAUUGUCGAACAAGCCAAAGGGAUGUUUUUGUGGACUCGUCUUGUACUCAAAAGUCUCGAAGACUGUGGUAGUCAAGACGAAUUGAGAUAUGCAAUGAGCACACUUCCCGAAGGUUUAGACCAAGCAUACGGUCGUAUUCUCCAGAGAAUUCUAAAGGACCUGAAAGAAGAAGAUUCGAGAAAGGCUUUCCGCAUAUUAGAAUGGAUUACUUGUUCGUUCCGGCUGAUGAAAGUACAUGAGAUACAAGACGGGAUCGUAAUGUACAGGAAAGAUACCGAGCUCAACGAGGGAUCCAAAUUAGUUGAUGCCAGCUUCUUAAACUUGUGCAAACCCUUGGUGGAGCUGAAUCCCAAGAAUAACACAGUAGACUUUGUCCAUUUCUCCGCAAAAGAAUAUAUCUUGCGUGGAGAGAGCGGUCCAAAUGGACCUUUCUUGAAUUAUACACAGGCACAGUAUGACCUUGCUUUCGCCAGUAUGAGCUAUAUGAGGUCAAAUUUGCGUUUCAUCGACACCGACGUCACAGAGAAGGAGCGCCUAGUUCGAGUACUGAAAGGUUUUCAUGGAUUGCACAAUUAUUCGAACGAGUUCUGGUUUCAGCAUUUUCUGCAGUACGCCAAAUCUAAAGAUUACCCAAUCCAAGACGAUGAAUUAGACGAAUUCAUUGAGGAUUUCAGUGUCUUCUGGAAGCAUGAUCCUGGCGUUGGCAUCAAGCGUUUGAAGCUCGAUGAUACGACUUCAGCGGAUAGCAUUGCCAAUCAGCUCCAAGCUCUUGCCAAUAUGCCGCAAGCUCAUAAGAUGGGUCUUGACAUUCUUACAUUUCGGAAAUUUCUGUCUCAGGAGAAGUAUAGCCAUCUGAGUCCUGAAAAUCUGAAGAAAGAAGAACUUCAUCACGAUCCGACAGACUUCAGCAAAAUUAGUCUGAAGUACCAAGAAAUAGUUCGUUCCUUAAUAGACUGCACGACCGACAACCUACCAGAAGGAAUCCAACCACAUGAGCUUGAUAAGUUUAAGCAAAUCUACACCGACUCUGCCUUCAUCUGUCGUUAUCGUGAAUGCGAGCGGUAUUCCGACGGCUUCAGGACAUCUGCAGACCGCGACGAACACGAACAGAUUCAUACCAAGCCUUUGCGAUGUGCUGAUCCGACGUGCGACUUUUGGCGACGUGGCUUUACAAGCAAGACUGGUCUAAUGAAACAUAAUCGCAAGUAUCAUCCUUCACCGGAUGAGUUACCGCUACCAGAUUUUGAGCCAAGAAAAGAGCCAGAACUAGUAGUGCUUCCCCCACCUCCAGUUGUACCACAAGCUGUAGCUCCGCAACAACGCGCUGCUGCUUCUUCACCUGUUGAAUCAUCUGAGUCAGAAGAAGUCCAACCAGAGAAAACAGCGCCGAAGAAAGGCAGAGUCAGCAGAGCAAAGAAGAACUUGCCUGUACAUAAUUGUGAUCGUUGCAGCAAGGUCUUUUCCAGGAACGAAGGCCUCGAACGACACAAACUCAGUCAUCAACCUCCUCGCUUUCACUGUCAAUACGAGGGCUGUGGUCGACCAUUCUUUCGCAAAGAUCUGCUUGAUCGACACGAGAAAAGACAUGAAACGAUAACAGAUACUUCACAGUAUUCUAAUGGUCACAAUAGCGCGUUGAACAACAGUGGGACAUCGACACCGUCAGGAGGAAGCUUUUACCAUGCGACGCCGGCAUCGAUUUCUGUCCUAUCGCUGCUCAAUGGCACCCAAAGACAGGUCUUGCACGAGUUCUAGAAUCUGGUUGUUGGGACUUGGGAAUAUAGAUCUUGGAAAUGCGGCCAGUUUAUAUUAUAUGAACUUACGAAAGACAGGUGUUGGCAUAUAUUGACAUCUGGAGGCUGGAUGGGACUUUGGACAGGACUCCAAUUAAAUGAUCAUGAACGAGGGUGAAAAACACACCCAUGCUGAGUGAUGUGGACCUGGUUCCUGCACCGGGGAGAAUUCUGUCUUCUAUUAGCUCAGGUAGCUGAGGAAAUAAUACCUACCUCUUUCUUGAG